AUGGAGUCCUUGUCCUUCAAUGGGGAUUUGUCCAGCUUACUCUCCUCUCUCUACAACUACACCUAUGACUACAGCACGGCCCUGCCUGACGUCGCUAUCUCCUCUGCCCCAUGCCGGCCUGAUGGCUCCGUCCUCAACAAGUACCUGGUGGUGGUGGUCUACUGCCUCGUCUUCAUCCUCAGUGUAGUGGGGAAUGGGCUAGUGGUUCUGGUGGUGACCUCCAGCCACACCAGCCGCUCUGUCACUGACGUCUACCUGCUCAACCUGGCCGUGGCAGAUUUGCUCUUUGCUUUCACCCUGCCCCUCUGGGCUGCCUACCGAGCCCACGAGUGGGUCUUUGGCACCGUGAUGUGCAAAGCCAUCUCCGUGCUGCAGGAAGCCAACUUCUACAGCAGCAUCCUGCUGCUGGCCUGCAUCAGCGUCGACCGCUACCUGGCCAUUGUCUACGCCACCCGGGCUGCCACUGAGAAGAGGCACUGGGUGAAGUUUGUCUGCUUGGGCAUCUGGGUCUUCUCUGUGCUGCUCUCCCUGCCCAUGCUGCUCUUCCGUGAGGCUUUCGCCUCACCCAACAAUGGCACCGUGUGCUACGAGCGUAUUGGUGAAGACACGGCCAAGUGGCGGGUGGUGCUGCGGGUGCUGCCGCAGACCUUCGGCUUUGCUUUGCCCCUCCUGGUGAUGCUCUUCUGCUAUGGUGUCACCAUCCACACCCUCCUGCAGACCAAGAAUGCUCAGAAGCAGCGGGCCAUGAAGGUCAUCUUCGCCGUGGUGCUCGUCUUCCUGGUCUGCUGGCUGCCCUACAAUAUCACACUGGUGAGCGACACCCUGAUGAGGACACGGGCCAUCGCCGAGACCUGCGAGAGGAGGAACCGCAUCAACACAGCCCUCUCUGUCACACAGGUCCUGGGCUUUGCCCACAGCUGCAUCAACCCCAUCAUCUACGCCUUCAUCGGUCAGAAGUUUCGCAACAGCUUCCUCAAGAUCCUGGCGCAGCGUGGGCUGAUCAGCAAGGAUGCUGUUGCCCGCUACGGCCGUGCCUCCUAUGCCUCCACCUCUGGCAACACAUCCACCACCCUCUGAGCCCUUCUGGUACCCAGUCCUCGUGACUCCCAGCAGAUCCCAGCACCCCACACACCUCAGCAUCCUCAUCCAGCCCCCUGGAACAUGGGUGGUGAUGCUAUGGGGAUGGGCAGGGCCACCACUGGAUGCUGGACCCCAGCUGGAAGGGGGCUUGGGUGGCAAGGUGAUAGGAUUCCAUUGCCAGAGGAGUGAUGCCAAGUGAUGCCAAGUGCUGCCC